UGAGCCCUGCCCCCAGCACCUGCCCGCAGCUUCCUGGCUUCAUUGUCUGGGAGGCGAAAGCUACAGCACUGGAAGCCCCAUGGGGAGCUGUCUCACGGAAUGGUCUGGGUAGAUGCUGGCAGGCGUCAGGUGUAGUGCCCUGUGCCUGCCCAGGACCUAGAGCCCUGAGGAGGAGGCCACCCCAGAUGCUGCUCCCCGUCCCACCACCUCCAUGCCUCAAGCCUUUGCCUACCCCAGGAAUGAGCUUUGCCUACCACAUCCCUUGCCUGCUGCCAUCAGAAGAGGGGGCCCCUCUGCAUCUGAGCCCCCCCCCCCAUCCUCUCGUCACCUGGGCCCAUGGAACACUGAUCCGCCUCAUUUUGAAACCAAAAAAACUGCUUCACUCUCACCCUGAGGCCCCAGGGAAGAGGCCCUAUGGUUGGUACCCCAGAGUUAAUCACCACCCCAGGGGUUGCCUCUGGACGUCAGAUCUCCCCUGGGGGCGGGUGGGGGGCUUGGCUGCUGCUGCUGCUGCUCUGUAUUUGCCUCUUGUGAUCCUGUCCUUUACCCAUGUCCACUCCACCCAGGAGAGGCCUUGGUACCCCCUCUGCUCUGGAGUGUCCCUCUGCCUAGCAUCCCAUAGCCCAGCAGCCCUGCCCCCCAGCACCCAGCUGGGCCAGAGAGAGCCGAUUGUGCCAACGAGGACUGGGCCCUGCCCGGCUGCCCGCCUCAGGGAUGGGCACCUCACGCCUGUCUCGCCACCUCCUGUGCCAAUGUCGUCCCACCCCACCCCCCCACCUGGGGUGGGGUGCAGCUUCCACUUACUGGUUAGAAGAGACCACUGCCCAACCUUUCCCCUUUCCUGUCUGGUGUCCUGUGCCCCCAUCUGUCUGUCUGUUCGUCUGUACGACCCUAGAAGUAUUUUGCCACAUAUAAAACCGCCGUCCUGUCCUUUGUGCCGCCUCCCAGGCCUGUUUCUUUGGCCCCAUCACUCGCCACUCCUAGGUGGCCAGCCUAGGUGUGUGGGAGCGGCUGACCUGCAGGGAGGGAGAGUGAAGCGGUGGGCACGGGAGUCAGCUGCGCCCGGAGUGAUUCGCUCAGCCGGAGACAUGGUGCUUUGACUUGCGACUCUGACACAUCAUGCUCAAGCCUGACAGGAGCUGCGUGGCCAGUCUCAGCUCCACUCCGCCCCAAGCCCCAUACCUGUCCUGUCUCCCCAUAAGACGAGCCAGGGAAAACCGGAAACUAGAGGGAAGUGGAGUGUCCUGGAUGUCAUUCAGGAGGAGUUGCCCAUCACCAAGGAGCCUGCAGAAGGAGAGGACACCCAGCCCUGCCUAAGGGAGCUCACUUGAAGGAGCCUAAAGGCCCACGUUGAUGAAACAACUGGAGACCUGUUGAGGGCUGGAACAUCCUCCCAGCUCAGAGAGGAUGCAUGAGCCCUCUCUGCCUCACACAGCUAGUAGCUACAGAAGAGCACAAGGUUAUCAUCGUGGGACUGGACAAUGCAGGGAAGACCACCAUUCUCUACCAGCUCCUGACAAAUGAGGUGAUCCAUACAUGUCCCACCAUCGGUAGUAACGUGGAGGAGAUUGUUCUGCAAAAGACCCACUUCCUCAUGUGGGACAUAGGAGGACAGGAGGCUCUGCGCUCCACCUGGAACACAUACUACUCCAACACUGAGUUCAUCAUCCUUGUGAUUGACAGCACAGACCGGGAUCGGCUGCUGACCACUCGAGAGGAGCUGUACAAGAUGCUGGCCCAUGAGGCUCUACGAGAUGCUUCCAUCCUCAUCUUUGCCAAUAAGCAGGACAUGAAGGACUCCAUGACCAUCGUGGAGAUCUCCCAGUUCCUCACCCUUGGUGCCAUCAAAGACCACCCGUGGCACAUACAGGGCUGUUGUGCCCUCACCGGGGAAGGGAGUUGCUCACAGUCUAAUGAAAGAACUUGCUUAUGGAGCCUCUUUGCAGGCCUUUGAAGCCACCCUGGCACUGACCCAAUGAUGGAGCGGGGGGAAGGUGGCAUUGGAGGCUUGCCCAAAGACAUU